UAAAAAUGAAGAUUAAUAACUGGUCAUGGCUAAUCUACCUUAUAAGCCAUUUAGUUAUUCUAUCUACUAAUAUAGGAACGAUAAAAGCAAGCAAAAUCUACUUGACCAACAAAUGCCCAUUUCCCAUAUGGCCAGCCACCGCCCCAAACUCCGGCCAGCCGGUUAUAGCCAAUGGUGGUUUUUACCUUCCCAUUGGCCGAACCAAAUCCAUUCAGGCCCCAGGAACCUGGAGCGGUCGAAUCUGGGCCAGGACCGAUUGUAAUUUCAAUGAUACAACAAUUAUACCCGCCUGCCAAACAGGGGACUGUGAAGGCCAGCUCCAAUGCAAGGGAAAGAUUGGCAUUCCACCCGCCACUCUAAUCGAACUCUCCCUCCAGGCCGACAAGAAUAAACCGAGCUUUUACGAUGUCAGUGUUGUUGACGGUUACAAUUUGCCAGUGUCGGUUUCGACGAAGCCUAUGAAACCGAGUUGUCUGAUUGGAGGAUGCGUGAAAGACAUGAAGAGUGUGUGUCCUGAAGAACUGCAGGUGGUUAAUGAGAAGAUUAAGGAAGUUGUGGCUUGUCGGAGUGCUUGUUUGGCGUUUGGGGAUGAUGAGUUUUGUUGUACGAAUGAAUAUGGGAGUCCGGAUAAAUGUAAGCCCAGUGUUUAUUCGAAGAUGUUUAAGGAUGCUUGUCCUUCUUAUUUUAGCUAUGCUUAUGAUAGCCCUCCACCGUUGGUGAAUUGUCCUUCUGAUGAGUAUGUGGUUACUUUUUGUCCUUCCAAAUGGGGCAGUCAUGAGCCACACCACGGUGAAAACGACACCUACAUUGACAUGGUUGAAUGAAUGAAUGAAUGUGUAACUUGAUCAGUUUCAUAGGUGCUUGUUUGUUUCAUAUAUGAAUUAAUUAAUUGGAAUUGUUUCCAAUUAAAUCAUUGUUCUAUUGACUAGUAUCAAUGCUUCCUAAAUAUAAACAUUCA